AUGUCGCCUAGCCAGUCCCAGAGUGAGGUACAAGAUGACCAAGAUGAAAGUGCCCCCGAGCCUCAACAACCAAGGACAAGCGCACCUUCACACUACCAGGCCGUGUCCUUCUUUGCUGGUCCCAUGCCAAACGCCUUCGACUGGCAACAACGACAAAUUGGGAGCGCACAAUCCGGUAGGAUGGGUCAGUUUACUUCUCCAUAUAAUACCUUGGAGGCACCUGGAUUUGAUCAAAAUCUCAACAUGACUCGUCCCUCGAUCACUCCGCCCUAUAUAGCCCAACCCGCCUACCCGUCUCCUGUUAUGCAGCAUCCCGCCUUUCAGGCACAGGCUGUAUUCGGGAUGCCUGCAGGUACACAUGCAGCACAAGCAUCUCACCCUCCCCUGCACUAUCAGUCUGGGGUCGACCCUUCGCUGCAGCAGGUGGUCCACCACAACGUCUUCUCACCCAAUCAAUCCAUACCCGGUAUGACAGCCACUGGGUUCCAACCCAACAAUAACAGUCACAACUUUAUGGACCACAACCACUUCAUUGUCCCGCCGAUGGGACCAUCCAUGCCCAAUUCCUAUCCAGAAGUCCCACAGCCCAACGACGCGGCACUGCCGGCAAAUACAAACAGCUGGACAACACCACAAGACAAUCUGGUUCGUCGCCUCAAACACGAGAAGAAGAAGGUGGCGCAAAUCAAGGAGGAGCUGAAAAGGGAGUUCGGCGUGGUGAGAUCGGGAAACGCCAUUUCGAAGCGGUGGAAGCAGAUCAUGAAGAAGGAUAGCGAGGAGGAAUCGAAGGCCCUAAUACAAAACGUCUUACCGCCCCCGACUCAACUCCAAAUGCUUCACACCGGGCUACUUAAUGCCAUCCCCGAGUACGCCAGCGCGCAGCACGAUCCGCAGACGGCCUUGCUCAUCAGCGAGAUCCAAGAGGACUUCCAAAAGGGGUUCACCAAGCUGGUUGAGAUGUGCGUGUUGAAGGUGCAGAAAGUGUUGAGGCAUGGGGGGGCGAAUCUCUGA